AUGGCCCCGCCCGAACACCCGUUCCCAGUCAGCGCCCUCGACCAGCGCCUGCACUACCGCACGGUUGAGUUCAAGGAGAAGAGCAGGAAACUCGGCGGCGGGUUCGACCUGCAGCGGGACUGCGAACUGCUCGAGCUGGUCCAGUACAGCUGCACCACUCCCGAGCAGCAAUACCAGCGGACCCUGGCCAGUCCGACCGGGACCGCGCGCAUGGAAUGUUUUCCCUUUGUACGGCUGUUCAGAAAAUGUCAGGAAAAGAAUGGCAAGGUGUUCCACGUCGAAACCACGGCAUGGGAGGGCGAACAUGCCUGGAAGCCGAGCGCAGGGACAACGAACAAUGACACCACAACCGCAACCGCAACAGGUGGCAUAGAACCAACGGCCGAAGCAAAUGCAUUCGCCAACUAUGGCAACUAUUUCUGGGCCCGAAAAUGA